AUGAUUUCUUACGGAUUAUAGGAUGCAUAACUUAUCGGAAAUUACAGAAUAGUGCAAACAAAACUGUUCAUUGUGAUAUAUAGUUUGUUACGGUAAAACAUGUUCAUCAAAAAUGUUGUACAUACAAAACAUUAUCUUAGUAUUCACGUCGUGUAAAUUAUAUCGUUUGGUCAAUCCAAUCAUUAAUUUUAUAUAAUACAUUAAAUUUGUUGAUAAUAGAAUUAAUAUAUUAAUAUUACAUUAUUUGAUUACUUUGGACUAUAUUAGGUCAAACUACAGUACACAGUCAACAAAUACAAUGAUUAUAUUUGGAACUGUUUAAAUAUAUUAAAUUUCAUAAAUAAUAAUCACUCUAAUCAAUUAAACAUAUAGUUUUAUAAAUUAUCUAAAAAUAAAUUACUCAUUACUUCUCCCUAAUUUAAUUCCUACUAUGAAAGAUGAUAUUAGUAUAUAAAUUGGGAGUAGAUAUAUAUUCAUUCUUUUAGAUUUGCCCGAAUCUUACAACCACAACCCCUAACACAUCUCUCUUGCUCUCUCUCUAACUUGGAAAACCCUAUAAAUAGAUAUCUUAGUCGUCCUUGGUAUCCCACACCACUACAAAUAUCUUUAUUUCCCUAAGCUCACUUUUAAACCCACAGUUGAUUAGAAAGAGAAAAUAACUUUUAACCAAAAAAUGGAGAAUAUGGGAAGUAGAGUGAUAGAGCCAUUGAUAGUGGGAAGAGUGGUAGGAGAGGUUCUUGAUUUUUUCACUCAAACAAUUGAAAUGAACGUGAGUUACAACAAGAAGCAAGUCUGCAAUGGCCAUGAGCUUUUCCCUUCCUUUGUCUCCUCAAAGCCUAGGGUUGAGAUCCAUGGCGGUGAUCUCAGAUCUUUCUUCACCUUGGUGAUGAUAGACCCUGAUGUUCCAGGUCCUAGCGACCCCUUUUUAAAAGAACACCUGCAUUGGAUUGUGACAAACAUCCCCGGUACAACAGAUGCAACAUUUGGAAAAGAGGUGGUGAGCUAUGAGUUCCCAAGGCCAAAUAUAGGGAUACACAGGUUCGUGUUUGUUCUCUUCAAGCAGAAGCAAAGACAUGUUAUCGAUAUCUCCCCAAACAUUCCUUCGAGAGAUAAGUUCAAUACUCGCAAAUUUGCGAUCGAGCAUGAUCUUGGUCUCCCUGUCGCGGCUGUCUUCUUCAACGCACAGAGAGAAACCGCAGCUCGCAGACGUUAAUUAUGUUGAUGUCCGUCAUAUGCAAAAAUAAAUAAAAACAUGAAGAAAAGGAUUUAAUUAAGAAAAUGUAACCAUGUUUAUUUAGGUUCUAUGUUUCCGUACUUUGAAUAAAGACUGGGUGACAAGGAUGAGUUGAAUUUU